CUCUACUCAUUUUGGGGAGAGAACCGAGGGAAUCAGCCAUGGAAACAGAAACCAGACACUCGCAAACAACUGAAUCGCAGAGACUUCCAGACGAUCUCUUAUGCAACAUACUCUCUAGACUUCCCGUUCUGAAUCUUAUGCAAUACAGAUGCGUAAGCAAAUCAUGGCAAUCUAUGAUCUCCGAUCCCCAAUUCAUCAAAACCCACCUCCACCAAUCAACCCAAUCCCUCGACACCCAAAGACUCAUGGUCACACAUCCCUUUAAUGGCUAUUUUAUCUCCUUAGACUACGAAUCUUGUCAUGAAUCGAAAUGGGUCGUUUCGCCGUGGAAGUCCUCGUACUCCUAUGCUGAGGUGUUGUGUUCUUGCGAUGGUUUGUUUCUACUGCGUUUACAUUACAAACCCUUUAGGUCGCCCAACAAAACUAGUAACAAGGAAUUUGUUUUGUGGAAUCCAAGUAUUAGAAAGUAUGUGAAAUUUUCUUGCCCUUAUAAUGCUAUAAAUUAUAUUUCUAGUGAGCUUUAUGGACUCUGUUUCGAUUCAUCCACAAAUGGUUAUAUAGUGAUUAUUUUGUCCCGAAGGUUUGGAAUUUGCGUAUGGGUCUUUGAUUUGAAAACCCUUUCUUGGAAAGAUAUAAGUGACUCUUCGUUUUCAAUUUCGGAUCGUGAGAAUGGGGUCCUUGUGAAUGGAGCUCUGCAUUGGAUUGUGACUUCUAAAAAGUGUGAUUCCCCUGUGAUUGUUUAUUUUGAUUUGAUGGUUGAAAAGUUUAAGGAGGUGCCUAAACCGGAUUAUGGGAGCAAAUUUGUUAAAUUCGGUUUGGUGGAUUUGAGUGGAUGGCUUUGUCUAUAUGGAUGGACCGAUCAAACACAGGUUGACAUAUGGGCAAUGAAAGAAUAUGGGAAGAAGGAAUCAUGGACUAAAUUGAUUGUCAUCCCAGCUAAAAUAGGAAGCAAUAUUUGCUUCUUAAAGCCUUUGUGCUUGACAAAAACAGGUGAAGUUUUGGUAGAAAUUAACAACAGCGAACUAGCAAUCUACAAUCCAAAAGAAUGUACAUUUAGGACUUCAAUAUGCUUGAAGGGUGUUCAUAGUACUAUGUAUGUGGAAAGUCUAGUUUUACUAUAUGAUGGCAUUGAUACCACUAAGGUGCGGCACAAGAAAGUGAAUCCAAACAGAGUAUACAGAAACAGAUUGAAGAAAUAGAAUUGUUUGCUGGUUCUUCUCCUGAUUUUGCUUGGAUAAUGUGUAUAUGGAGUUAGGGUUUGUUCGGUUUUUAAAAUUUGUGCUUAGUUUAAAGCAGGCUUAAAGGUUUAAAAUGUCUGGAUUUUUCAUGGUGGUUAGGAAUUGUAUCAGCAAAAUACAAGCACUUGCUAUUUGGUUCAGAGAUCAAUCCCGAACCUGAUGGAUCAUUCCUUUUGCUGAUAGACGAAAUCUCAAAUCAAACCAUUUGUCCUUAUUUCAACAAAAGAAGCAUGAGCAAACUGCGUGGACGAAGUUCAGGAUGUUUUAAUCAGAAAUUUGAUGAUAUUGAACUUGCGGCAUUGUCAAACAAGCAUAUGAUGUUUUCUGUGGGAACUGUUGUCUGCCAUUUUUGUAUGGGUCAAUAGCUUGAUUCGUUGUUGCAGUUGUGAUUGCCUUCUGAAAUCCUAAAGUAUUGUAGUUUAACACUUUACUGAUUUUUCACAUACAUGUAUUUAUGUGUUUAUAUUGUAUCUAAAUCUUGACAUAGUUUAUUUCUCAUGCUCAUCAGUUGAUGA